CAUGCACUUUCACAGCUUCUCCUGUAACAGUUUUCUCUUUCUCAUCAAGAUAUAUUUAUUAAAGUUCAUCACAAGGUAAUAUAUAUUUUUCCCCCAUCACUUAUGGCUCCCUUUUGGUCAAUCUGGGCAAUGUUGAUGGCCAUGUUGGCGUGUAAUUGUUCAUUAGCCUCGGCUUCUUCUUCUUCUCCCACUAUCUCAGCAGCAGCAGCAGCUAGUGAUCCUGUAGUUUCUCCUACUCAAUCACCAGAUACUGAGCCACUUUUUCCCACCCCAGUUGCAGGUGGAGUUUCUCAUUCUCCAUCAUAUUCCUCACUGCCCACAAUUCCUUCAAGCCCGAGCCCUCCCAACCCAGAUGUCUUGGGCACUCCAGGCACUGCAUUGAAUCUUUUUCCAUCUGAGGCUUCUGCUUUCCAGUAUACAUAUCAGCCCUUAUGCUCAAUGUCAUUCUUUAUUUUACCUGUAAUUUACACAAUGUGGCUUCAUGCCUUGUUAAUACAUUGAUGUUGGUGUU